AUGGAUGUUUUUGUCCGCUGGCGACCCCUUGUCGGCGCCGAGUCCUCCGGCGACGGCGUCGGCCACGAAACCGUCGCCUCCCCGCUAUCAACCCUUGAUGCCGUCACCGUGCAACGCACGCAUUUAGACAAACCGUGGAAAAGCACCUUUGCCUUCUCCGGCGUCCUUUUCGGCGCGACCUCCAAUGCCUCGGCCUACUCCGCUAUCGUGCAGCCCGCGGUGCCGCACGCCGUCGUCACCGCUGGUGCGCGCGCCAGCUUCUUCGCCUACGGCCACUCCGGCAGCGGCAAGACGCAUACCGUCAUCGGCUACGAGGAUGACGACCAGGAACAGGACGAUUCCGGCCCAGGACUGUGCCUGACAGCCGCCGAGCAACUCUUCCACAACAUCGACGCCAUCAACAACGCCCGCGGCGGGAUGGAGGAGCCACCGCUCGCCGUCGCGCUCAGCGUGUUCGAGCUUCGCCACAAGGACGCGUUCGACCUCCUCAACGACGGCACGCAGUGCCACAUCCGCGAGGGCCCGGACGGCCGCGUGCACGUCCGCGGCGCCACCGAGACGCUCCCGGACGGCCGCGUGCGCGUGCAACCCCUCUCCCGCCUCGCCUGCUCGACCGUGGACGACCUCCGCGCCGCGCUCCGCCAGGCUCUCAGCCGCCGCGCCGUCGGCACCUCCUCCGUGCACGACCAGAGCUCGCGCACGCACGCCGUCAUCGAGCUGGAAGUCGUCAACGCCGCGCUCACCUCCGCCCGCGCCGCCCUCAUCGACCGCCAGUCCGAGCUCGUCCCCGUCGGCAAGCGCGCCGCCGACGUGACCAUUGCCGAGCAGGCCCGGGGCGUGUUCAAGGACGAGGACGGCGUCUACCAGCCGGUCCCAGGCUACGUUGCUGACCAGGCGCUGCUCGACGCGGUCGGCGCCGAAAAGGCCGCGUUCGAGGCGCGCGUGGCCGCCGCCGAGGCCGCGGUCGACGAGGCGUACGCCCGGUACGACGGCGGCGACGGCCGGCCCUGCGUGGGCGGCAAGAUGGUCUUCGUGGACCUGGCCGGCGCGGAGUACCAGCAGGAGAACAAGCGGAUCCUGGCAGGGCUGGCGCAGACGCCGGCGGAGCGCAGGGAGGCGAGGCAGAUCAACACGGACUUGCUGGCCCUCAAAGAGGUGAUGCGGGCCUGGGCGACGCGCCAGCCGUACGUGCCGUACCGCUCGUCGCCGCUGACCAUGGUGCUGCGCGAGGCGUUUGCAGAUGACGAUGUGCGUGUGCGUCGCCGUGAAUGCAGUGCUUCCAUGGUGGUGACCGUGUCGCCUGCGGAGGAGCAGUACCUGGCCACGCUCAACUCGCUCAAGUAUGGCAGCCUGAUGGGGACGGCCAAAUAA